AUGCUGGCGGCUCGUUCGAAGGGGAUCAAUGAUCGCCUGAUGUCCGUCCGCCUUCCGCUCCCCAGGAAAAUGAUCGCCACACUGAUCAGUACGUACGCCCCCGCCAUAACUAACCUUGACGAAAAGUUGGACAACAAGCUCCCACCACCCAACACAGACCCGCACGUCGAUGCGGAGGCGGAAUGGACUCAUUUUCGUGAUGCUGUCUAUACUGUAGCCUCGGAUGUUGUGGGACCCAUCACCCGCAUGCACCAGGACUGGUUCGACGACAACAAGUUUCACAUCCAUACUCUACUGGACAACCCAUCCUCCACAUCUAAGAAGAAAUCCUUCAGGGCAAUCGGGAGAGUUGUUCGGUUUGAACCACACUGCAUGAAAGAUGAAUCGCUUAGCGAGCGAGCCGACACCACCGAGUCCUACGUAGAGAGGAACUUCUACAGUGCUCUCAAGACCGUCUACUUUCCCACUUCGUCUCGGACAUCCUCCCUCCUCAGUGCAGAUGGAAGCGCAUUGAUCUCGGACAAGAAGAUACUUGAGGGCUGGGAAGAACACUUCAGCGAUCGCAAAGGGAACAAGAACGCCUGUGACAAACACCGCCGCAUCUUGCUUUCCAUCGCUGGGAAAAUUCUGGCCCGCGUCUUGCUCUAUCGUCUUAACGCACACCUAGUACGUGACCUGUUCUCCGAGAGCCAGUGUGGAUUCCGCGCGGAACGUGGUGUUCGCAGCUCGGCAGUUGCAACAGAGAUGUCGGUAGCAGAACGUCGGACUUUCCAUGACGGCAUGAAUGCGAGAGUUCGAGAUGACGGCGUGUAUUCCCAGCCGUUCCCCGUCACCAGCGUGCUGGUCCCAACCCUGUUCAACAUGUUGUUUUCCGCCAUUCUAAAGGACUCUCUCCGAGGAGACAUCGGUAUAGGCCGCCGCUACCGUACUGACGGUAAACUCUUCAAUCUCGGAGAUUACAGGCAAAGAAAAAAGUGCAUGAUGAUACGGCCCUUGACUUCCUGUUCGCCGACGACUGACUGCGCUCAAUGCCAGUACCCAGUCUGA